AACAUGAGCCCCAAAAAUGUUGUUUUCAAGAAGAUUUGCAAGGACAAAUCUGUGGGAGUCUACAUGGGGAAAAGAGACUUUGUGGACCGUGUCGACUCUGUGGAUCCAGUGGAUGGCGUCAUCCUCAUCGACCCUGAGGCUCUGCAGGGGAGGAAAGUGUUCGUCACCCUGUCCUGCAUCUUCCGGUACGGCAGAGACGACAUGGACGUGAUGGGAAUCGCCUUCCGCAGGGAGCUGUACCUGUCGACCCGCCAGGUGUAUCCGCCCCUGCAGGACCGCGAGAAGGGAAUCCACACCAGGACGCAGGCCAAGUUGCUGCGCAAGCUGGGAAACAACGCCUACCCGUUCUUCUUCGAGUUUCCUGACAACCUGCCGUGCUCAGUGGCGCUCCAGCCGGCGCCGCAGGAUGUCGGCAAGCAAUGUGCCGUGGAGUUUGAGAUCAAAGCGUUCAGCGCUGAGAGCCAGGACGCUAAAAUCAAGAAACGGAGCACGGUGAAGCUGAUGAUCAGGAAGGUCCAAUACGCUCCCGAAGCCGAGGGAGACGCUCCGUCUGUUGAAACCACCAGAGACUUUGUCAUGUCCGAUAAACCGCUGCAUGUCAAGGCCAGUCUGGACAAAGAGAUAUACUACCACGGCGAGGUCAUCAAAGUGAACGUCAGCGUCACAAACAACUCCAGCAAAAACAUCAAGAACAUCAUCCUCUCUGUGGAUCAGGUGGCCUCGGUGGUGUUGUACUCCAAUGACACCUACGUCAAAUGUGUGGCCAUCGAUGAACCUGGGGAUUCUGUGUCUCCUGGAGCGACGCUGCAGAAAGUCUACAAGCUGCUUCCUGUGCUGGCCAACAACAGGGAGCGGAGGGGCAUCGCUCUGGACGGAAAACUCAAGUGUGAAGACACCAACCUGGCGUCAACGAGCAUGUGA